AUGAUUCAGAUUUCAGACGAGUUUUACAAUGGAAACCUAUCACCCGAAAAGGCUUUGGUGUUUUAUUUACUUGACAAUGGAGCUAAGACAGACGUGGAAGAUAAGUCAGGGAAAUUGCCAAUCCACUAUGCCAAAGAUGAAGUGGUUAGACAGAUGAUCUUAUCGAGAAUGAAAUCUCCUGAAGAGGCCCAUUAUUAUCAAGAAAGCGUGAAUAAAGAACGUCACACGGAAUCUAAAGUCUCUGCUAACGUAACUUCAGAGGAUGUCACAAUGUCCCAGGAUGAUUCAGAUAAGAGGGAGCAGAGUAAGCAAAAUGAAACUCAAACCCAACCUGCAGAAAGCGACGAAGGUCAUACUGAUGAAGAAUAUGACUUGAUUCAAAUUGAGAAGCAUGGCAUUACUGUCAGAAUUUCCAAAUAUGAAAUCUACAGUGCAAACGAAAUCACUGUGGAAGUGAUUGAAGAGGUCCCACCUGAGCUAAAGCUGAAGGAAACAGAAGCCAUCAUUGCGGUUGGAUUGAAGAUGUCGCCUUCUGACGCAAUAUUUGACAGUCCUGUAAGAGUAACAAUGCCCCACUGUGGUGCAUUUACAAAGCCUACUGAUGCAGAAGUUUACAUCUAUUAUCGCAAGAACGAUUCUACAAAGUUUACAGCGAUUCUCUCCACCAGCACGAGUAUCCCAAAAUGUGUUGUGAGAGAUCGCGAUCUAGAUAUCUACCUGGAACACUUCUCAGAAUUCUGGAUUGUUGCUACAAUAAGAGAGAUAUUUAUUGGGAAACUUGUUAUUUGUACACCAAUCAUUCCUGUACUAGCACCUAGAAAUCCCAUGCCCAUUUUGUGGGUCAAUGUCAGGGACCAAAACGUUGCAGAAGGACAGAUAUAA